AUGGACUUAGAACGGACUCUCCUGGCAACCAUGGCCAAAACAGUGGUUGCCACAGGCACAUCCUCGGGCUUGGGCUUUGAAGCAAUCAAACAGCUGCUCCAGCAGUCGGAGCCAUACAAUUUCAUCCUGGGAGCACGGGACACAAUCAAGGCCCAGGACGAGUAUGACCGCCUCGACUUUGACCAGAAUACACACACGAUCACCGUUCUCCCGCUGGAUCUUCUAUCCCUCUCCAGUGUGCAGUCAUUUGCACAAAACGUCCUUUCUCGGUUGGGGGUCCAGGCGAUCGAUUAUCUGUUCCUUUGUGCUGGUAUGCUAGACAGCGCUGAUGGCCCUGGACCCAAUGGCUCGCCAUGGUGUUCGGGGUACGUUGUCAAUCAUUUGGCGCAGCAUUAUUUGAUACAUGUACUGCGUGACACCCUUUCUAGAUCGCAAUCGCGCAUUGUCGUUGUUUCUUCGGGGGCCAUCCGCAGGGUGAGAGACCAGAAUCCAGCAACACUCGACGUGGACCUUAAGGCAAAUUCCAAUGCAGGGAUUAGGACCGUGUACAGUGCGUCAAAGUUCGUACAGCUACUGGGCGCAUUGAGCUGGCGUCGCGAGCUUCCCUCCUGCACGAUCAUUGCCGUUUCACCCGGCCUGAUCCCCAGCACAAAAUUGGCCACUGACCUGGGUUUAUCGAUGGAUAUGCCCGAUGCAAAAACCAUCCCCGAGGGGGCCCAAAACCUUCUUCGGGCAUUUACUGCGACCGAUCUCCCGCCUGAUCCAGAGCAAAUCUUUUUGACGAGCUGGGGGGAGUGGUGGCCGAAGGAUGUGUAUGCUUUGGCGCUGGACGAGAAGCUACAGAGAGAAUGGUGUUUAACUAGAGAAGAGAUCGAAACGGCUGAGUGGUUCGCCUGA